AUGGCUACUGCAACACAAACCGUUCAGGAUGUGCCUCGAAGGGUGCUGCCGAGAUAUGAGCAAGCAAAGGAGUCGAAGUUCGACCUCGACUGGGCUGAUUUGAUCACGCUCGAUUUGUCCCAGUUCGACCAGCCAGGAGGGAAACAGAAGCUUGCGAACCAGCUUCGAGAUGCUGUCCACAAAGUCGGCUUCUUCUACAUCACAAACUUUGGCCUGAGUCAAGAAGAAGUCGAUCGCCAAUUCGCCAUUGGCAAAGAGAUCUUUGCGCUGCCAGAAGAAGAGAAGCUCAGGCAUCGGGCGCGACUUGAAGAAGGCCAUUACUCCGGGUACCGUCCGAAAGGCACCAUUGAGCUGUUUCCAGGACUUCGCGACAAUGUGGAGAUGUACAACAUCUUCAAACACCUCCCAGAGCUUGAACGCAGUCAUCCAGAAGUCAUUCACGAGAACCGAGCCGAGAUUGAGAAGUUCCAGCGCCAUAUUGCGGAAGAUGUGAUUCAGAAAUUACUUGUGCUGAUAUCGAUUGUCUUGGAGCUUCCUGAGGACUAUCUGUCGAAUGGCCAUCGGUAUAAUGACCUCUCGGAUUGUCAUUUGAGGUACAUGAUCUACCGAGCAAGAACGCCGGAAGAGAAUGCCAAGUAUCAAAACAUAUAUUCGAGAGGACAUACCGAUUUUGGAUCUCUGACGUUACUCUUUCGGCAGCCGGUUGCGGCGCUGCAAGUGCUGAUGCCUGAUGGGUCGUGGAAAUGGGUGAAGCCCUAUCCUGGAAGUAUCACAGUCAACAUCGCCGAUGUGCUGCAGUUCUGGACGAAUGCGUACUUGAAGUCGUCCAUUCAUCGGGUGCAUGCUUCACCGGAGGAUCAAGCUCAUCUGGAUCGGCUUGGCCUGCUUUACUUCCUGAGACCUGCGCACGAUCUUGAUUUGAAGACAGUUGACAGCCCAUUGCUGCGACGUCUGGGUCUCAAAGAUGAUUCGGACGGCCAAGCGGCAGAUAUCAAAGCUAGAGAUUGGGUUCGGACUAGAGUUAGGCAGAAUCAGGACAAGCCAAAGCAGGGCGAGUCAAAAGAGAAGGAGAAGGAGGUCAUUGGCGGCGUGAAGGUCAAGUACUAUGAUUGA